UUUCAGAAGACUGUUAAAGCAUGCCAACUGCAUAAAGGUAGCAGAAUAUAAGCAAGAAGACAUGAGAAUGACAAAACUUUGGAUACUGCUCUCGCGGUCAUGGUGACUACUCCUCCCCCCCUUUCUGAAUUAGGCUGUCGUUGUUUUAGAGGCUGCAAUCUUUGGCUUAUGUUUUCCCUUGAUAUUCAGUGUUUCACCAUAAAGCAGAACACAAGAGAGAGAGUCAUUAUUACAUUAAUCUAGUGGUUUCUGCAUUUCACCAACAGCAACAGUUUUCUUUAACUGUUAUACAUUUAUGGUAUUAAUGUAGUAAUAUGUCUAUAUGUCUGUAGACGCAUAGUGUGUGUGUUUACCAUUUUGCUACCCCUUUGGUAUGACAUAAAGGUCAUCAGACCUAGAGAUGUCCGGUACAUUCAGACAGUUAUAAAAUUAUGUUGUCACUGGGGAUAACAUUUGCCAAAUACACCAUCUGUCACUAAUCGCCAUAACGACAUUCAGUGAACAUCUCUAACUAGCUUUAUGACUGACAGGCUGUAAAAAAAAAAUAUGCCAGGUACAAAUGUGGUUAUAGUUUAUUGCGGGUAAAUAUCUGAUCUGAUUCCUUUAAGGAAUAAAAAAAAAAAAAUGAAGGGCAUGAUGAAUUGACACAAACAAGCUGUUGUUCCUAAUUGCAGUUGCAGGAUUGUAUUAAUUUUGGCGUGUUGCUUUUGGUAAAUGGUCAGGACUGUGGUCGUGUUGGUUUCUUGGAGUUUCAGCUCGUGGCUCUUCUCAGACACUAUUUUUUUUUGCCAUCUGCGCGGAAGGUGACCGUACCUGAAGGUGAGAAGUCGCUGAGCUCCUGUAAAUAAUCCCACUGCUGAGAUCCGUCAUAAUACUGGUACAGAGACUGUUUUUUUAGGAUUGUUUUUUGUUGUCAUAGUCCUCUAAAUGCUCCAGCUGAAAUGAAUGAAAAUGUGGCGGCAUCUGUGCUACCUGCGAAAAUGUUUUGACCAAUCUGGUGAUGCAAGUGCGCGUGUGUUUUGAGGAAGAUGGGGUGUGUGCGCACGUCUGUGUGUGUGCAUGUGUGCGCGGAGCAAUCUGAUCCAGUGAUCUGCUCGUCUUUGCUCUUUAAAUCAUGUGGCCACAAGAUGCUGCCUCUAGCUGAGGCUUCUACCAGCCAGUCAUAGGCAACGAGGUCAUCUGCAUCACAGCUGCGUCGUCCAAUCAGCUGUGGAGAGGGGCGGGCCUUAGAGACAUUUAGCUUGACAUUGUAAAUAAGCAGGGAACAGUUGUCAGAGAGCGUCCAGUUGUUUCCUAUCUCUCCGUCUCACUAUAAAGAAUGACAAAGGAGCAGCAGGAGAGAGACGGCGGAGGCAGGCGCUUGCAGGCUCUGCUUCACCUUGCUGAGGAUCCAGCAUGUCGGCAGAAAACUUCGCAGCUGCCAGCAGCGAUGCCCAGCAGAGCUUGCAGUCCUUCUGGCCUCGCGUGAUGGACGAGAUCCGAAACCUCACUGUGGAUUUCCGUGUCCAGGAGCUGCCUCUCGCCCGCAUCAAGAAGAUCAUGAAGCUGGAUGAGGAUGUGAAGAUGAUCAGUGCUGAGGCUCCGGUUCUGUUUGCCAAAGCCGCCCAGAUCUUCAUCACAGAGCUCACCCUGCGGGCCUGGAUCCACACCGAGGAUAACAAGCGGCGCACCUUGCAGAGGAACGACAUCGCCAUGGCCAUCACCAAAUUCGACCAGUUCGACUUCCUGAUCGACAUCGUCCCCCGGGAUGAACUGAAGCCCCCGAAACGGCAGGAGGAGGUGCGCCAGUCGGUGGCCCCCGCCGAGCCGGUGCAGUACUACUUCACGCUGGCCCAGCAGCCGGGCGCCGUGCAGGUGCAGAGCCAACAGCAAGGCCAGACGGCCACGCCCACCGCCACCACACUGCAGCCCGGCCAGAUCAUCAUCGCCCAGCCGCCGCAAGGACAGGUGUUGCAGGGGACCACCAUGCAGCAGCUCCAGCAAGUACAGGUAGCCCAGUCACAGGCCACGCCCAUCACGAGUGCACCGGUAACGAUGCAGGUGGGCGAGGGACAGCAGGUGCAGAUUGUGCAGGCAGCACAAGGGCAGGCGACUGCGCAGCCGGCCGGGCAGACAAUGCAAGUCAUGCAGCAGAUCAUCACCAACACUGGGGAGAUCCAGCAGAUUCCGGUGCAGCUGAACACUGGCCAGCUGCAGUACAUCCGUCUGGCACAGCCGGUUUCUGGCACGCAGGUCGUCCAAGGACAGAUCCAGACGCUGGCCACCAACGCCCAGCAGAUCACGCAGACAGAGGUGCAGCCGGGACAGCAGCAGUUUAACCAGUUCACAGACGGCCAGCAGCUCUACCAGAUCCAGCAGGUGACCAUGCCGGCGGGACAGGACCUCACGCAGCCCAUGUUCAUCCAGUCCACCAGCCAGACGGCGGACGGUCAGGUGACCGCGCAAGUUAGCGCAGACUGAAGCCCCUCCCAGUGACCGGAGAUAACCCGCAGCGCAAUAACACACUGGUCUGAACCCCCACCUCAUAGACCAAAGCCUGCUCAUCCGAGUCCAGCUCAAACCUGCCCCCAGCUUCUUAGCCACCCCCCCACACACACCUGUGUUUGGUCAGUGUCUUUUUCCUCUUCUAUCUGCUGUCCCUUUGGCUGUUGACUUCCGUGACUCCACCUGUCCCCAUCGAAGUGUACAAACGUACCAUGCCAACUGUCACGCUUCCAUUUUAUUGUUAUAAAGCGAUUGAGCCAUAAAUGUGAUUUGAAAAAAACAAAACAAGGAGCAUUGUAAAUUCCACUGUGAGAUUCACUGUGAUUCUUAAGACAUCAGUUGUGUUCCCAUUGUUUACACUACCUAGUGCGCAGGAUAAGCCUGGUCUCAUGGAGGUCUGCGUGUGUGUGUGUGUGUGUGUGUGUGUGUGUGUGUGUGUGUGUGUGUGUGUGUGUGAGUGUGUGUGUGUGAGUGCACGCACGUACGUGCGUGCGUUCGGAGCGCUACAUCUUUAAGAUCUUUUUGCGUUUCACUUUAUGCCGUAAAAACCUUCCUCUGGACCAGGUAGCAGAUCAGGAAUACUGCCAUCCAUUCUGGAGGCAUCCCCGUCUCUCAUCUCAUUCUCUCUCUCUCUCUCUCACUUUCCUGCUCCCUUCCGAGUUGUGUAAAAACACAGCCUGUCCAGGAACAACGUUUUUAUACCAUCGUUUCAUUUAUAAGAAUUCAUAAGUGUAACGUAGAUGUUUUUUUCUUAGUAUUGUAAUUUUUCCCGAAAUUUAUUUGCCCGUUAUUGUAUGAUAACUAUUGAUCUUGUUGUUUUGCAUGUAGUUAAAACAGCCAGCAUGAUAUGCAAUAGAUAGGUACCGAUAUUUUUUGUGGUUAAUUUUUGUAAGCAAAGUUAUGUUGUGAGAAAACGAAAUAAAUAAUAAAAAUGUCGACAUUUCCUGA